UGUCAAACAGUUACAGUUAGCAGGAGCAUCAGAUCAACCAGCAAGGAGCAUCUCCUAACGCAGCAGAGGAGGCAACGACCACAUUCACUGCGACCGGUGCAGGGAGAGAGUGAGAAACAGCCACUUUUACUCACACUUUUAGGGGCAUCUUCCAGAAAAACAUGAGACUGCCGUGUUGCGCCUCACUGCUGCUUCUCUUCUGCUCCCUUGUUCAGACGAAUGCAUUAACAACAUGUGGAUCCAACCAGUUCCAGUGUGGAAUUGGGAGAUGUAUCACAAUGAGAUGGGUGUGCGACGGUACAGAUGACUGUGGAGACGGCACAGACGAACUUCCUGGUACCUGCUCGGCUAAAACAUGUGAACCGAUGGAGUUCAGCUGCGCAGACCGCCUUAACCAGUGUAUACCGAGCACCUGGCGCUGUGAUGGAAAAGCCGACUGUGAGAAUGGAGUUGAUGAGGAGAGCUGUGCGCCCAGGCAGUGCACAGACUCUGAGUUCCGCUGCUCCAAUGGCCAAUGUGUGUCGUCUUCCUUCGUGUGUGACGAUGAGGCAGACUGUGACGAUGCCAGCGACGAGGCCUCCUGCCCGCCCACCACCUGCAGCAGCGCAUCAUUUCGAUGCAACAACUCUGUUUGCCUUCCUCGCCUGUGGGCCUGCGACGGUGACGCCGACUGCUCCGAUGGCUCGGACGAAUGGCCCCAGAACUGUGGCGCAAAGACUCCCACCUCUCCUCCCGCGCACAAAUGCUCCUCCCUGGAGUUCCGUUGUGGCAGCGGAGAGUGCAUCCAUGGUAGCUGGAGGUGUGAUGGAGGUGUUGACUGCCAUGAUCGAUCCGAUGAAGCUAACUGUGCUCAAUCCACCUGCCGUCCUGAUGAGUUUCAAUGCGGUGAUGGAACUUGCAUCCAUGGCAGCCGCCAGUGCGACCAUCAGUACGACUGCAUGGACAUGAGUGAUGAAAAUGGAUGUGUCAAUGCAACCCGCUGUGAGGGCCCAACCAGGUUUAAGUGCCGCAGUGGGGAGUGUAUUAGCAUGGAGAAGGUGUGCGACAGGAGGCGUGAUUGCAGGGAUUGGUCAGAUGAGCCUCUCAGGGAAUGUGGAUCCAAUGAGUGUCUGUACAACAAUGGCGGCUGCUCUCAUAUUUGCAAAGACCUAAAGAUCGGCUAUGAGUGCUUGUGUCCUUCUGGUUAUAGACUGACUGACACCAGACGCUGUGAAGACAUCGAUGAAUGCGCCAACCCAGACACCUGCAGUCAAAUCUGUAUCAACCAAAUGGGCAGCUACAAAUGCCAAUGUGAGGAGGGUUACCAAGUUGACCCAGCAACCAAAGCCUGCAAGGCCAUUGGUACAAUCGCCUACCUUUUCUUCACCAACCGUCAUGAAGUCAGAAAGAUGACUCUGGACAAAAGUGAAUACACAAGAGUGAUCCCUCGUCUGAAGAACGUUGUGGCUCUGGACAUGAACAUGGCCACCAAGGAGCUCUACUGGUCAGACAUCUCCCAGAAGAAGAUCUACAGAGCAUCGAUGGACUCAGCUGAAGACUCCAAUCUUCACCGCACAGUGAUCGAUAGUGAUAUUGAUGCUCCCGAAGGAAUUGCCUUUGACUGGAUCCACGGUAACCUCUACUGGACUGACAGCAUUCGUGGCACUAUCUCGGUGGUCACUGCUGACGGCAGCCGCCGCAAAACUCUAUUCCGGCAAAACUUACUGAAACCCCGCGCUAUUGUGGUCGACCCCCACAGCAACUUCGUUUACUGGACUGACUGGGGGAAUCCAGCUAAGAUUGAGAAGGGCGGUCUUAACGGAGUAGACCGCACUGCUCUGGUCACUGACAACAUCGAGUGGCCUAAUGGCAUCACAUUGGACAUGUUGAACCAGCGACUCUACUGGGUGGACUCUAAGCUGCACACCCUCUCCAGUAUCGAUGUGCAGGGAGGUGGUCGACGCACACUCAUUGUUGAUGAACACAAGCUAGCUCACCCACUGGGACUCACUGUGUUUGAGGAACGAGUGUUCUGGACAGAUGUCAGUAAUAGUGCCAUCCUCAGUGCAAACAGGCUGACAGGUGAUGACAUCGCUCCACUAGCAGAGCAUCUGUCAUCACCAGACGACAUCAUUCUCUACCAUAACCUCAAGCAACCUGCUGGCAGGGACUGGUGUCGGGUGAACAAUGGCGGCUGUGAAUUCUUGUGCCUGGCAGCUCCUCAAGUGGGCAGACAUCCCCCCAAAUAUACCUGUGUCUGUCCAGAUAACAUGAUGCUGGCCAGGGAUAUGAGGACAUGUGUACCCGCUGUGCCAACAACUGCAGCUCCUGAGCAGCCUCAAGUUUCAACUACCCACCCCCCUCGUCGGCCACCAGUGCUACCUAGUACCACACCCAGGACCACACCCAGGACCACACCCAGGACCACACCCAGGACCACACCGAAGCCCCAGGUCCGCACCACCACCCCAGUGCCUGUCAAAAUCACCAGCACCGUCGCUAAACCAGUGCCGCAAACCACCAAGCCUCCAGUCAGAACCACAACACCUGAACCAAAGAAGCUUGAACCCAUCCACACCACCACAGAGGCUCUGUUCACCUCUACAGAUGUCGUGCAUGAGUUUGCAGAAGCUAUGUCCAAGACUGCCUCCAAUACCCCGAUAGCUCUUUACAUCGUCUUACCUCUGGCAAUCCUUUGUCUGGUGGCUGUCGGAGGUGUUCUACUGUGGAGGAAUUACAGGUUGAAGAACACCAACACAAUUCACUUUGACAAUCCCGUUUAUCAGAAAACUACGGAGGACCAAGUGCACAUUUGGAGGAGCCACAGCCCUGAUGGUUACUCCUACCCAAAAAGACAAGUUGUGAGCUUGGAUGAGGAGGCAGACAAUCCAGUCUUCACAGAAAACUGAAAAGUGUCGGGCAGAGUGGAAAGAGGAGCCUUGGCGAUAAGCUACCGUUAACGUCCUUCAGCAUUUUUACCUCACACAGCACAAAGAUAUGGAAUUCAAAGCCUGUAUCUGACGGCCUUCAACCACUAUAUCCUCACAGAAGAACAAGCGCUCUACAGUGGAAAUAUCAGGGUGAAGCUUUUUAUUUCCUCCAAGUUGACAUUUGACAUUUUAUCCCUCAAGAAAACAUGCCAAAUCCUCAGGCUAUGCUUUUAACUUUACUAUAAACUGGAGAAAUGUCUUAAAACUGCAUAAUAUCUUGCUUUCCAUGCAUAAUUUUAGCUUGGUACAUUUGAUUCAACUUCUAAAUGGUUAAUUUGUCAACCUCAUGCCAAGACAUCAGUAAUACGUUCUGUAAAUAUCACUGCUUAGUAGAAAACGACAAGCUGUUUAUGGAAUAUUAUUAUAUUUUGCACUAUUUGUAAUUUAAAAUAAUAGUUUAGCAUUUUGGAACAUGCAUAGCAACUUUUUAAGCCUAAAGUUAGAUGAGAAGAUGUGAUACCACUCUUAUGUCUGUGCAUUAAAUGUUAAGACUGGAGCCAGGAGGUGAUUAGCUUAGCUUAGCAUAAAGACUUGAAACAGCAGGAAACAACUACAAUAGCAUAACUCUGUCCAUUAUGUCUUGUUUCUAAAUCAAAACACAGACAAAAUUCUAAAACCACACAGAUUUGGCCAAUUUGGACAGUUAAGCUAGCCAUUUCCUUCUGUUACCAGUCUUUAAUGCUAAGCUAAACUCUUCAAGCUCUCUCAUCUUUUGCUCCUGAUGGGAAUCUUCUUGUCUAAUUUGUGGUGACAGACUAGCUAUUACUUUAUUUUAUUUUCUCCCUAUUCACUGAAAACAAGUCCUGACAAACAGUAUCACUGAAUCAGAUUUAAACAACAAGCUCAACAUUUUGGGAAAUGCACCUGCUAGUUUGUGUAUAAACAAUAAGAUGCAUUAAUUAGUAAGGUAGUGGGGAGACUGAUGUCUUUUGCUAAGCUAAGCUAAUCUGCUAAUCAUAGUAUUUACCAUACAGAAAGUGAAGGACUUCUCACUAAUGUAGAUAUAUUGCAAAAUGAACAUUUUCCUCUGCAUUUAGGCUUCUCAUCAACAUGCAAAGAGCAGUUUUAGGUCAUUUAAACAGAGAUUUUUUUUCAGAUGCAUUCUCAAGUACAGUUUUUUUAAGUUUUGGUUUGUUUGAGUGGACAUGUAGAAUGAAGAGUUUGGAAAACCACAGUCACACCUCAGUUUCCAUGUGCCUGUUGUUGGUUUGUGUAAUGUGCACAUGCCUAAAACAACAACAACAAUGGCUGCUAUUUAUAGACUGGUUUAUGUAGCAGUUACAAAUUUAGAAUUUAACUUGGCAUUGCUGCAUCGCUUCACCGACAUGCAAAGCGUCCACGUCAAAACCUGUAGUAAAGUCUGCAGAAACAGCAAAAUACCGGCUACAGCUUUUGUAGUCAUUUGUAAAGCCAUUUGUUGUGUUGGGAUUGUUUUUUUAUCAUUGGAAAGGGAAAAAUUUCAGUAUAGAGAAUUAUUAUGGAAGGAUUCCUAAGUGUGUUUCCCAAAAUGUCCAGCUUUUCCUUUUCAGUUCAAAAUCUAGUCAUCAAGUGUGAGAGUUAUCCAUGCGCUAGUGUAACCAGUGUGACCUCAAUACGUCUCAAAACAAUGUGUGUGUAUAAUUUUGUCACCAGCAACCUUCUCAGCAGUUGAGCAAAAAUAUAAUCUAAAGGACCGAAAGUCACUGCUGUCGUUAACCUCAGAGGAAACACAGCGAACAAUGCGUUUGUGCCUUGAUUAUACUGUACUGAGUGAUAUCCUUAAGAUUCCACAUAUCACCACGUGGCCAAAAAGGACCUUCAGCAGCUGUGUGUAGCUUCGGAUGAUGCUUUUCCAGCUCCAAUCUUUAGAUUUGCGAUUAGCUGUCUGCGCAUCGGCCGGCUGUCUUUAAAUUUCCCUUCCCUAUGCCCCCUUCCAGAAGGAGCAGCACAUUCCAAAAAGCUUUGAUGCAACCAUGUGUGAGCAAUAGAGCCGUGUCUAAUGCUCGCUGCCAUGACACGUGUAUAUUUAUGUGCUCCCUUAAGACCGGCUUGCCUUAUACCAGCAUUCCUGACCAAGGAAUGCUAUGUGCUGCGCUGUUUCAUGAAAACAGACUUUACAGUGGCCAUUUGAGCUCAGUUGUUUGUGUUGCAGGCAAAUGUGUGCCUUGUUAAUGACAUAGUUUGUUCAUAUGUUGGUGCUAUUGAACUUUGUGUAAAAAUCAGCGCGUCUGCCUGUUUAAAAUGAGAGAUGAGUGCUAGAGAAGAGCUGUACAUUAAGAGUUUUUUACAUUCACAGACUGACAGUGCAGAUGAAGCGUGUAAAUAUAAUGUUCAUAAAUGUACAUAUUUGUUCUCAACUGUUUUUGGUAAUGUUGUUUUAGCCUUUAAACAUUUGCUGUACAUAAAUAAAUGCUUCUAUUUAUUAUAGAACCAA